GAUCUUCAGCCGUGCAACCGCCUUAUCUCUUCAGGAAAUCAUUCUUAAAGCACCGCGUUACUCCUACCGGUAGCCCCCCAAACAAGUCACCCUCAUGGUGAACGUCGGACAAGUUCCCCGACUGUUCCGCCGGCGGUCGCGGUCGCGGGCGCGCGAGGAACUCCUCCUGCCCCUUCUUCCCCAAGCACCUCCAUCCACCAUCGAACCCGUCUUCGGACGCGACAUCGUCGUACCCGCCAUCGCUCCCCUCAUCGAACCCACCAUCAACCCGAUCCCCAACUGGUCGCGAGCCGUGCUUGACUCGACCGGUAUCUCCACCUCUACCUGCCAAGUCAACGGCCAUGUCUCCGAUCCAUCCCGAUUACCCGUCCUUGCGCCGGAUUAUGCCGCUCUGAUCACCAAACCAUUUCAGGAUGGUCAUCAAGUCCUGAUUAAUCCUCAGCGGCAAUGUCUAUUCUUUACUCGGUUGCCGGUGGAAAUCCGGCAGUUUAUAUAUAACUUUGCGUUUGGGAAUAAGAGGAUCCAUAUGGAUUAUGAGUUUCAUCACGGAAAGGGCAGGUGGGUAUGGUGGCACAGGGUGUGUGAUGAUCCGGAGCAUUGUCCGGAGAAGGAGAAUUCGUUUGUGUGUCCUGAGUGUGAGGGGUCGGAGGAGUCGAUGUUAAAGUUGGGUUCGAGGCGGUGGGUUAAGGAAGGGUGGGAGUAUAAGGUGCGCGCAGGGGGGUGGAUGAAGGCGUGUUUGCUGGGAUACAGGGACGUCAUCCCCGUGCUGUAUUCUACUAACACUUUUGUUUUCACGCAGAGCAUUGACCAGCUCUUCCGAUUCUCACGCAUCAUGCCCAGCCAGCAAUUGGCGCUGGUUAGCUCGUUGGUUGUCGAGAUUGAUGUCUAUCGCGCAGCAACGGGCCCUCCACAUAUGGAUGAUCGAUUCCGCCGGUUCUAUGAGUCCUUCUUUGAAAUCAUUCAUCGGUCGCUCCCUGCUCUCAGGGCUCUGAGGCUAUCUAUCGCGGGGCUGCCUAGUCGCAGCUGGGGGGAGGUGGAGUGGACGCCGGCUGAGGAGUGGUCAUGGAUUGGGCCAUGGGAGGAGCUGGCGCAGUCUCGCGACUGGAAGCGGUUGGAGAUUGCGGUGCCCAAGCCGUGGAUCCAGGAGCUCCGGGGCGUGGUGGAGAGGAGGAGCCUGGUGGAGGAGGCCAGGAGAUAUCGGCUAGUGCCGGGGAUGGAACUUUAUCCUAGGGGAUGGUGAAUUGCUGUGGUUGCUGGUGUCGGAUCCGUAGAGUGAGGACAUAUUUGGUUGAGUGGUUUUUGCUUGGUCCGUUAAAGAGGUACUGGCCUCAGUCCUUGUUCGGUGGCUUGGCACGUGGUCAGUACCUGGCAGGCUAUGCGCCAAGAUGAGAUUAUCCUGGUAGCGUCUGCCUUAUGAGGUUGAGAUCUGGUAGCUUUCGGGAUUUAUGUCAACACCUUGAUAUUGUACCACGUGCACAAGGCAAUGGACCAUGGUUCUUCGUAUAC